GUACUUACCGUUGCUGUGGCGACUAAUAUCCUCGUACUUACCGUUGCAAUUUUGUACCACUGUCGUACGGCCGAUCAUGCCGGAGAUCUGGCGAGAUUUAUGUCGGUCAUGCUGUCAGCUGUUGGCGACGAACGAUUGCAGUCACAGACGGAAGCCGUCCGAAAGCGUCGACGGAAAUCGUCACGGAGAUCGAAAUCAGCAUUUGUCACUGCUACUAGUGACGGAUGGUCGACCUGACGGACUUAUAGUUCGCUCGACAGCACAAUCGUUAACUUUGACGGACCGAUCGUUACCUCUGGAAGACUGAUCGCUAACGUUGACGGACUGAUCGUGACGGACUGUUCGUUAACUUGGCCAUAGCUGAACCAUGUCGCUUAGAAACCCUCGUUUAUCCUCUCGUCCUCUCCGUCUCACCUUCCUCCUGCUCUCCGUAUUCUCCGCCGCGUUUUCCGCCGCUUUUUCAGCUGGAGUGUCUGAAAGCGCUCCCGCUAGCGCUCCCGCAAGCGCUCCCGCCCCGUCUCCCAGCGACGAGAUGAUUCCAGAUAUCCCCGGUAUAGACUACUCCGUCAAUAUCACGCUUCCGGUCGUUUCAGGCACAUCAGGGGAUCCCGUGGGUCCCCCCAUUUGCUUUGAGCAAGGGCUAUCGCCGCACCCGGUUCCGAUCCCUUGUGGCGAAAAUUCUUCGCUAACAGCGACGUCGCAAGUGGCGUCGCUCGCCAGCGCGCGAAUCGCAUCUAUUGGUGGUUCGAGUCGACCCCUAGUCGCAGAGAAUUCAACGCCGAACCUGACACCCGCUACUGAGCUCUUCGAUAUAUGCACUGGAGGAGGCUCCGCGUCAGUGACGCUGAACCCGCGCAGGCGGAACAAGUGGCGAGGCUGGGGCACCUCCCUCUGCUGGCUAGGAAACUUCGUGGGUGGUUUCCCCGACACGCACUUCAACCCUCUCAUGGACCUCCUAUUCUCCCCAUCGGGACUAAACCUCAACAUAAUCCGCUACAACAUAGGAGGCGGCAACAACGCUACCAACAGCCCCCGACUCCAAACAGGCUGGGGAAAAUGGCGGGGCAUGCCGGGCUUUAAAGCCACAGAGCAAGCAGGCUACAACUGGUCAGCAGACGACAGGCAGCGGAAAGUUUUGUUCGCUGCCCGGGCGCGCGGGGCAGACACAUUCGAAGCUUUUGCCAACAGCCCACCCUGGUGGAUGACAGUGUCUGGGGAUGUUGCUGGGGCUUCCAAAUACGGGGAGGGGAAUUUGAAGGUGCAGUACGAAGAAGCUUAUGCGGAAUUUCUCACUGAUGUGGUGGAGAAAUUUGCCAAGGAUACUAGCUGGGGGGUGGUGGAUGAAGGGGGGAGGGCAGGAGGGGUGUAACAUCGGUUUACAGCAGAUGAAGCGGAUUCUACUGAUGGUCCAGGCUGCUCUUGAAAGGAAGCAGCUUAAAACGGGGAUUGUUUCGGUGGAUAGCUUUGUCCAAACCACCCCGAGACAGAUUGGGACUCUGAACCCGUUCCUCGCCCGUUACAACGUGCAUGGUUACAUGAGCCUGGCGAAAAACGGAACGAGUUCGGUCGAGUGGACAACCCAAAAAUUUCAUGAUAUGAAGCGGAUGGCGAAAGGGCAGGAGAAAGAGGUGUGGGUUUCGGAAUGGGGACCGCUCUUGCGAGGCGGGGAGGAUAUGGACGUGGCACUGUUCAUGGCGAGGUCAAUCAUUGCAGCGAUCAACAUUU